GGGCAACAUUGACCUCUCUACAGUUCUUACUAUUCGCACCGUUCGCCGCAACAGCUCCAUUGGAGCAUCGUCCACUACUCCUUUAUCAAACAAUACAGUUCAUCGAACAGUCAUGCAACGUGGCGAUUCCCUUAAUUCCCCCUUCGUUCCAUUCUCCCCCAACCCCUCAAUUCAACAAGGUACCCCAACCUCGACCCCUCCGUUGAAGCAUACGCUCUCUUCAUCAACUUCCUCCAAUCUCCGCUACUCCUCCUCACGCAAAUCCAUAUACGACCGCCAUCUUAACCGGUCCCAGCGGUCUGAGCUUUCCAAAGCCAGCUUCGCCUUCUUAUUCGGGGAGAUGGUGCAAUAUGCUCAAAAGAGAGUAAACGGUAUCGCAGACCUCGAGAAAAAGUCACUCUCCAAAGCCCAAACAAAAAAAAUACAAACAGGAUCCCUGGCUGACGAGGUUUUAGGCUUAAUCUCCACGGUUACUCAAUCGGCCAGCGGUUGUUGGAGCUUUUGCUCUGGCGUGAAGGUCGUAGUGCAAAGCGCGAGACACGCAUCUUGGGGAUACUCCAGUUCAUAACUACUACGGUCUAUCGUUCUAUCUUCAAUAAGCCAGCGGACGGACUGGAGAAAUCUCGAGACAAUGAGGAUGAAUACAUGCUCAUUGACAAUGAUCCUAUGGUUAACUCUUAUAUAUCUGUUCCUAAGGAAAUGUCACAACUGAACUGCGCAGCAUUCGUUGCAGGUAUUAUUGAAGCUGUCUUAGAUGGCUGUCUUUUUCCCGGGAGGGUUACAGCUCAUAGUGUUCCCACGGAACAGUUGCCAGCAAAGACAGUGUUUUUGAGUAUUACGCCCAUCGAGUAUUGCAUUAGAUGAUACCUUAUGCUAAUUAAGCAACAGUAAAAUUUGAUGACUCUGUUAUAGAGCGGGAGUCGGUGCUAGGCUAGUCACACCGGUUUCUUCCGUACCUAGAUUCAUUUGCAAAGGGAGGUAUCUCGGCGUGGGCGUUGAAGGGAUAUUUGCAUUGUAUACAAGCGUUAGACGUUUUUGUGAAUGAUUGAACCUUGAUACUUGAUAGCCGGGUAUGGUACGUGGCGCCUCGUAUCCUGUGUCUUAUCUCACUACAUAAUCGUCUGUCAAGGUUAGGACUUCAAGGAGUUGGUUAUACUGUACUUCCUCUUGAUAAGGGGUUUAUCGAGCAAGAUGUAUAUAUAUAUACUUUCUCGCUAACACCUGGUAAACUAGUGGUAACUCGGGCGCUGUAAAGGACUGCUCGGGUAAAGCGUUGGGGGGCCUUCCUCCUUGGUGAUCGCUACGGCACAGAGGUCUAUAAAUAUAAGGGAGAGAGCUGUUCGAGUUACGAGAGCUGUCGACGAAAUUAGCCGCGAUGCACCUGUAAGUAAUGGCUGCGCGGUACAGCAAAGGUUCAGAUAGAGAAACUAGGCAGCGAGGUAACCAACACGAGUAUUGUCCGA